GAAGUUCUGCAGCGGAUAAGUUUAAUUUAGGAGGAGGGCGAGAGGCUGCAGAGCGUCGUGCAAAGGUGCAAAAGGCGCCCGAGGUUGGAAAGAGCGUGCACGAACAGCGAGGAGAAGGGAGGAGGCGCCAAAGUUGUAUUUUUCGUGACACCCAAGGUUUGGUGAAGGGAGGGGGCAGAGGGAGAGGAGAGGAGGGGGGCAGCCGGUUGUGCAUUGGUGCAAGAGGUGUCUAAGGUUGGAAAGAGCGUGCACGAACAGCGAGGAGAAGGGAGGAGGCGCCACAGGUUUUAUUUUCCGUAACACCCAAGGUUUGGUGAAGGAAGGGGGCAGAGGAAGAGGAGAGGAGGGGGGCAGACGGUUGUGCAUUGGUGCAAGAGGUGUCUAAGGUUGGAAAGAGCGUGCACGAACAGCGAGGAGAAGGGAGGAGGCGCCACAGGUUUUAUUUCUGUAACACCCAAGGUUUGGUGAAGGAAGGGGGAAGAGGAGGGGAGAGGUGCAGCCGGUUGUGCAUUGGUGCAAGAGGUGUCUAAGGUUGGAAAGAGCGUGCACGAACAGCGAGGAGAGGAGAACAGGCGCAUAAGUUUGUUUUUUUCCAGCGAGGAAGUCGUGUCUCCCCCCCCUCCCCACCCCCCUCAGUGGUAGCAGAGGAGGAGGGAAGAAUCGCAGCCCUCCGUGCAUGGGUGCAGAAGGUGCCCGUGGUUGGAAAGAGGGUGCAUGAACUGUGCCAGGUUGCAUUCGGCCCUUCCGACCCAUGCUGUGCCAUGAUGAAGAAGAAGCAGCCGCUGGCGGAAGAGGCCGGGACUCUGCUCCAGCCCGAGUAUUUGUCCAAAGUGGAGGAGGAGGAGGUGGUGGACGAUGAGGAAAAGGAGAGGGAGAGGGAGAAGAAGGUGGCCGCCUUGCCUCCCGAGGCCGAGCUCGGCCGGCCCCGCAAUGGUUUGCAAACUUUGCAACAGCAGCAGCAGCAGCAGCAACACAGAGGUUGCAAGAGGAGGAACAGCCUCAACUCUGGCUUCAAGCACCCGGCCUUCAAGCGGAGGCGCCGGGCAGCGUCCGACUGCGACCCCGUCCUGCCCAGCAACUUCUUGCUGGGGGGCAACAUCUUCGACCCGCUCAACCUCAACAGCCUGCUGGACGAGGAGGUGAACCGGGCCCUCAACGCCGAGACGCCCAAGUCGUCGCCGCUGCCCUGCCGCAACCGCGACCCGGUGGAGAUCCUGGUCCCGCGGGACAUCACCGACCCGCUCUGCCUCAACCGCGAGUCCGAGGUGUUGCCCUCCCCGCUUAAGCUGGGCCGCAAGAGGAGGCAUCGGCAUUGCCAUCACCCGGCGGCCGAGGACGCGGCUGCAAUCACCACGACAACUGUAGCAAUUGCAACAAUUGCAACAACUACUGCAACAGUAGCAACAGCAACAACAGUGGCGGCUGCUGGAGCUGGGGCUGGGGCGGGAGCUGGAACUGAACCCGAGCCCUACGAGCUCAACACAGCCAUCAACUGCAGGGACGAGAUUGUGUCGCCUGUACUGAGGGGGGCUGAGCAGGGUGGAGGUGGUGGAGGAGGAGGGGGUCGGCACCGCAAGAGGAGGCGGACUUGCAGCAAGUCCGAGCCGGGCAAGGUCCACCCUCACGCCGAGGAUGAAGGGGAAGGGAAGAAAGUGACGCCGGAGAAGGAGAAAGAGAGGGGCAAAGGCGGGGGCUGGAAGGCCAAGAUGCCCCCCACGUUCCCCAGCAAGCAGCGCCGCUUCCAGUACGGCAACUACAGCAAGUACUACGGCUACCGCAACCCCGGCCGCUGCGACGACCCCCGCCUCGACGUCUUCAAAGCCGCCUGGUUCGCCGGCAAGGACAUCCUCGACCUGGGCUGCAACUCCGGCCACUUGACCCUCAGCAUCGCCAAGGACCUCAAGCCGUCCCGCAUCGUGGGCGUGGACAUCGACGGCGGCCUGGUCCACUCGGCCCGGCAGAACAUCCGGCACUUCUUGUCCGAGGAUGUGCUGCCCUCCCGCAAGCAGCAUGCCCACUUCCCCGUGUCGCUGGCCAAGUGCAAGGGGCCCAUCGCGGCCCCGCCUGUCGCCCUCGAUCGCCGGCUGCCCCACUUCCCCAACAACGUCACCUUCGUCCAGGGAAACUAUGUGCUGGAGAAGGACGAGUUACUGGAGACUCAGAGGCCCGAGUACGACGUGGUCCUGUGUCUGAGCCUCACAAAAUGGAUCCACCUCAACUGGGGCGACGAGGGGCUGAAGCGAAUGUUCAAACGCAUCUUCAGACAUCUGCGGCCCGGCGGCAUCUUCAUCCUCGAGCCCCAGCCCUGGUCUUCCUAUGGGAAACGGCGGAAACUCACGGAGACAAUCUACAGGAAUUACUAUAAGAUCAUCUUAAAACCAGAACAGUUUACGUCCUACCUUUUGUCCCCAGAAGUUGGAUUUUCCAGUUACGAGCUGGUGGGAACUCCUCAAAGCACAUCUAAAGGUUUCCAACGCCCCGUUUACCUCUUUCACAAGAACCGUCGGCCCACAGCGAGCUAAGACUUCCAAAGCCAGUUUCUGGCUGCUCUUUCUGUUUUCUUUUGUUCAUCGGUGGCUCCUUUCCUCACCAUCUCCUCUUUUCAAAGCCAAUGGAAAACUGCUGGGAAUGUGUCAUCCGCCGAGCACUGCCUUUUGGCCGUUUUACGUUGACAUGCUGUUUCGAUCGAUCUGCUUCAUAAGGCUCACAAAUGUGUGUGCGUGUGUGUGUGUGUGUAUAUAUUAAAAUAAAAGAAGCAUUUUGGGGUAUUUGCUGGGGAGUCGUGGACGGGGAAGGGGUUGGAACAUUUGAGGAUUAUCAGCGUUCACAGUUAUUGCCCUCGUUAAGUUCCCCUUUUAGGGCGUGUGCUCAGCUUCAGAUGUUGGAGGAAGGAAUAUAGACUAAAUUCAGACUUGUGUUGCAGAUGAAACAAUGGGUCAUCUUUCCCUGUAGACAUAGAUCUUUGACACACACACAGCAAUUUCACCUUCCCCUUCCCACCCGCAACAUGCCAGCCUCAGCCACUCUGGGAGAAGCAACAUCUUUAUCUUGUGUAGUUGACCAUGCAGUGUUUUGGGGGUUUAGUGUACAGUCUUAACCAGUGGCGGACUGGGUCUACAAAUAUUGGUUGCCAGGAGACUAAGGGGGCCCACAAGCUGACACCCUGGCCAUUCGGCCACUGGUCUUAACCUUGGGCUAUCCCCUCGUGCUUGAAAUUGACAGCCAGUGGCGCAAGUUUAACUCUAUGUAAAACCCUCAUCCGAACCACUUCAGGCUAGUUCAAAAUGUUCAUGGAUAGAAUUUGGAUACUAAUGCCCCCUGGCUCAUCAGGCCAAUUGUGGGCGUUGCACUGAAAUGACCCUUCAAUUCAAAAUAACUCUUUAUAAAAAUACAAAAAAGUAAAGGAAUGUAUUCUAUCUUCCUUUCUCAUCUUCCACAACUCCAAUAUUUAACAGCGUCCAUCUGUUCUUCGUGUAUGUGUGUGUGUGUGUGGGUGGAAUUGGCAGAGCCCACCUUUUCUAAGGAGUGGCCAAAAUGCAGUUCUCUCCCACCAAAUGCACCCUGAAAGGGUUAACUCCUCUGGUACAUGUUCGUGCUGGCAGUUUGAUGUAACUCCUCACUAUUCUAAAGAGGCAGCAUGUGGGGAAAAGUUCAUUUAGUCAUCGGGACAUUAAAGGCAUGUUCUUGCUGUGUCACUGGGCAUGUACAAGUGGUUUCCCCAGUCUCUUCACUGUUGAGUGGGACAAAUGCUCUCGACAAUUCCACUGAAGACUUGACUUGCCUCUGUUGGGCUGAGCUGUUUCAAUUUAAGUCUCCUGCCAUUAUUUACAAUUUAAAACAAAUUGGGGUUUAAUUCACCAGAUUAAUUGCUUGACCAACUGCUUGGGACUGUGUACCAGGGGGGUUGUAUUCUUGAGGAAUGACUUCCCCCACCCCACCCAUCCUGUGUAAUCUGGUCGUGAUACUGUAAAAAAGAAAUGCAGAAUAAAUGCAUGUUAUUGUCUCCCUUCUCCACCAUCGAGACCCAAGUUGGACGAGCAGGGUUUUGGAGAGAUGACCCAUCAUUUGUUGCUAUGCAUUGUAAAUAUCUUGCAGUAACAGUAUGGGAACUGUAAGGGGGUUUGUAACCUGGUGGGGCCCUUCAUUGCUUUUGGCAUGAGUAACACAUUCUGACUGUUUUUUAGCCCUCCUAUGCUCCUGAUCAACGAGUCUGCUGGUUUUGGGGAAUCCAGAUGCUUGCUUGUGUUAUACAGUAGAAAUCUCUGGGGGGGGGGAAAGCUUAUGGGCUUGCCAGCAUGUGGACUCCAGGAUCCUAGGAGAGUUAGCCAUUUAAUUGUGCUGUACAAACAUCUUUCUCCCUCUCUUCCCCCCCCUCCCCGGUUAAUAGACCAGUACAAGUACAAACCAGGGCUAUCUAUACGUCUCGUUACCCUGGGGCACUUCUCAGUUUCUAGAUCUAAUUGCAAAAUCCACCUUCAGGGCGUACCAUAGUCUGUUCCCUCCACUUCCAGCCAGGGUCAGUGUUUGUAUCUGUGCAUGGACAGUUCUGGAUAAAACACCUGACGUGGGUGUCAAAGGGCUGUAGUGUACUAUUUCUGUGCUUUGUCUAGUCUAGAUCACCACCCUUCCCCUUCGUGGGGCUGCCAUUUCCAAAUGUGCGUGUACUUGAGUACAUGUAUCUCUUGCCCAGUGAUUGGAUUGAGACUUCUGGCUUGUAUAUUUCCCCCCCAAAUGUCGUCUGUUUUGGGGCAGCUGAGUGGUUCUAUACUGUAUCCUUUUGCAUUACAGACUUGCAUUCCUGUUUGACACGGUGGACAAAUUUCAACUCUUUAAAAACUUAACCUGACAUAGACCAAUUUUUCACCAAGACGGUUCUAUUACAAAUAGAAUGAUCACGUAUUAAUUUUGAUAACGUGUCCUUUUGACUCAGUCCCAUGUUUUAAACCACAGUCCGUCACAUAGUUUGAAGCUCUCCUCCCAGCUAGGCAACUGCAGUACUUUUCCUGGCCUGUCCUUGUUUCCCAACCCUGUUCCAUGGACAAAAGACAAUGGUGCUUCUGAAGAACUGUGGCUGCCUUAAGACCCAGAUCACAACAUCAGCUUCAGUGAGGUGAAUUGAUCAAUUUAAAACAGAACAAGCCUCUAGGUGAAUUGUACUGGUCUACGGGGUACAUUAAGCCAUGGCUUCUAAAAGAGGUGCUUUUUUUUCUCUCUCUCUCUCUCUCUCCAGCUAUUUACCAGCUCCAUAAGAUUUUCUUCAAUAUGAUAAAUUGUAUAUUUGACAACUGGUUCAUGCAGCUUCCAAAUAGGGAGGGUGGGGGGGGCAACUGUGUACAUGUCUGCAUUAUUAUUGGGGGGGGGGGGGGAGGGUAAAAAGUGCAAAUAAACUUGAGAUUCUAGAUUUUUAAGAAAAGUAAAAAUGUUGUCUUUGAUAAAAAGUUUCAGGAAAAAAAAAGUCAUUUGUGAAUUUUUUUGUAAAAAAAUAAAAUGCUGCAAAAAUCCAAUGUCAAACAUACAUCAAGUGUCAUAACAAUAAAGGAAGAGUGUUAAA